AUCAAGUGUUCAUAUGUCCAAACUUGGGCUAUUAUUUUUUUUUUAAAAACUAUACAGUGUUCUUUCCCCUAAUUUAGUUAGGAGGGCAUGAGUAUUGAUGGGAUAUAUAUAUUUUUUUAUUAUCUUGUUUUAAUUAUUAGCCUUUGAUAAAGGCAUUAUGGAGUGCUUCUUUCUUUUGCAUUAAAUAUAAAAAAAAGAGAAUGAUAAAGCACUAUGAAGUGUCAUCUUUUCCUCCAUAAAAUUUUGUCUUCAAUAAUUCUAUUUCAUCAUUUGCUUUUCUCUACUAUAUAUAUGUAGAGAUGUACACGGCUAAUAUCUAGAGAAGAAAGAGAAAAUUUUAUAAGUCCAACAUUAUAUAUGAUAUAUUACGAGAGUUUAAUAGUUGAAGGGAGGUGUUUAUUGUGUAGAGCUUUGAAUUCAAUUUGAGUCCAGAGUAUUGAGUUAUAUUGUGUAGGCUAUUGUAUCCUGGAGGGGACAAGUCAAAGAGUAUAACUGCUGGACUGGAGAAACAAUUACCUCAGUGGGCUUGAAUCUCCUAAAAGAGAGCAAAAUAUUCGCGCCUCAGCUAAAGAAGAAGAAAUAUAAUUUUUCUUUAUUCAUUUGUAAUUUUCAGUUGUAAUUCAGUUGUAAUAUUUUUGCAAUUUUAUUGUAAUUAUCACCAACAAUUUUAAGGAGAUUCAACAUGGCAACAACUGAAAAUUCCGCGGAUGUCAAGCUGGGAGAUCUGAACAAGUCAUUCCGGUUCAACGGUACCCACUUCAAGAGGUGGAAGGGUAAAGUGCUUUUCUACUUAAGUCUUAUCCAUGUUUCUUAUGUGUUAACGGAGAAGAAUUAACGGAGAAGAACCCAAACAAAGUAGACGACUCUUCCAUGACUGAUAAUGAAUACAUUUCUCAUCAAGAGAAAGUAGAAAAAUAUAAUAAUGACUCCUAUAAGGAUCAUUACUUUUUACUUAAUUGUCUAUCUGAUAAUUUUUACGAUUAUUAUGAUAGAACUUACUCUAGUGCAAAGAAAAUUUGGAAAGCCUUGCAGAAUAAGCAUGAUACUGAGGAGGCGAGAGCGAAAAAAUAUGCUGCUAGAGGUCAAGAUGCACUCAUGCAAACAGAAGAGAACAACAUUACACUGAAGAUAUUGGAAACGUGGACCUACACCUCUGGCAAACGUUACGAAGAACCUUUUCUGGCAAUGAUAACAGACAUAAACAUGGUGGAGAAUGUUGAUGGAUGGUGGGCUGACUUUGGUGCAAACUGUCAUGUCUGUUAUGACAAAGACUGAUUUAAAAAAUUAUAAAAAUUUUGAGGAGCCCAAAACCAUCAUGCUUGGAGAUUCACAUAUAAGUCAAGUACUUGGAGUGGGGAUGUCGAAUUGAGAAUUACUUCUGGAAGAGUAUUCAUCUUAAAAGAUGUAUUAUAUACUCAUUCCAUGAGAAAAAAUUUAAUAUUGAGUUUUCUUCUUAAUAAGGCAGGCUUCAAAUAGAUUAUUGAAUCUGACCAGUAUGUAAUUGUGAAAAAUAAUGUUUUUGUGGGGAAAGGGUAUGCAUGUGAUGGUAUGUCCAAAUUAAAUGUGGAAAUGAAUAAAGUAUCUA